CACCACCUACGAUGACGAACUGCCAUGGUCGGUCGAGCACUCCUCGCACGACAAUGUCGCAGGAUCUCCAAACCGGCGAGCCCCUCCUCCGUUGCCUUCUCCACCUUCCCGGUGGAGAUCCCCCUCGCCGGGUUCCCGGUUCGCGGGCCAAGCGGCGCGAAUUCGCCGAGCUCUUGCAGUUGUCGCCCGCCUCCGCGUCCGACGCCGACGACCCCAUUCGCUACCGCAAGAAGCUCCACGGCCGAAUCGUCGUCUGGGGGUUUCAGCACGACGUGUUCCUUGCCAACGUUCUGCUGCAUUCAUACUCGAGGUCCGGGGCUUUACGGGAUGCAAGAAGGGCGUUCGAUAAUAUCCCCGAGAGGAACCUGAUCACUUGGUCUACGGUGAUCUCGAUGUACGCCCGGUAUGGUUGUUGCGAUGAAGCGCUCUUGAGCUUUGUGGAGUUUCAGAGAGGCUCUGUCGAGAGGCCGAAUGAGUAUAUUUUGGCCAGUCUGAUCCGUGGUUGUGCACAGUCGGGUGGCCUUGAUGAAGGAGUUCAGGUGCAUUGUUUCGUUGUUAAGGCCGGUCUUGGUCAGGAUGUCUAUGUUGGCACUUCUCUGGUUUUUCUGUAUGCGAAUAAUGGUGGGAUAGAUGGGGCGAGAUCAGUUUUUGAUGGUUUAUUGGAUAAGACUGAUGUUACUUGGACUGCGAUCAUAAGCGGGCAUGUGAAAUGUGGGAGAAGUGAAGUGUCUCUGCAGUUGUUUAGCCAGAUGAUAGAUGCUGGCCUUCUUCCUGACAAAUACGUGAUUUCCAGCGUUCUAAGUGCUUGCUCAGCACUUGAGUUUGUUGAAGGUGGCAAGCAAAUUCAUGCUCAUAUACUGAGGCGAGAAGUAGAGAUGGACAUUUCGGUGGUUAAUGUGCUGAUCGAUUGUUAUACAAAAUCUGGCAUGGCAUGAACAGCUCGGAGGCUAUUCAACCAU